AUGACUGACAUCGUCAUUGUGGGUGCAGGUGUGAUUGGCCUUUCUGCAGCCUUGGCCAUCUGCGAGAGCAAACUUGAGGUAAACUCUCUAACUAUUGUCUCCCACCAUGAUCCGGAACUGUUUGACUUUUCUCCGGAAUACACAUCAGCAUGGGCCGGGGCACAUUUUCGGCCGUUUCCUAGCAAGAAUGCGCACGAAGCCACUGAGGCGGCGUAUGCGCGAGCCACGUUGCGUCGGUUCAAAGCGCUCGCUCAACUGGAGCCAGAAUCGCUGAUUCUGUUCGUCACAGGAAAAGAAUAUUUCGAAAACCCCGAUCAGUUUUAUAGAAAAGUAGGCCUGGGAUACAAGGAGGAAAUUACGAAUUUCCGAGUUUUGGACUCUCUGGAAUUGCCUGAGGGUGUGGUGAUGGGAACUGAGUAUGACACUUAUGCACUCAAUGCUCCGCUCUAUAUCCAAUUUCUUUACCGAAAGUUGAAAAUCCAAUAUGGAGUGAAAUUCGUUCACGCAAAGCUUGAAUCUUUGAAGGAGGCCACCCAAUUUGGUCCCGCGGGUGCCAUCAUUGUCAACUGUAGUGGGAUGGGUCUCCAAUGGAAUGGUGGCUACGAUAAGGACUGUUUCCCGAUCCGGGGCCAGACACUAUUGGUGCUGCCACCCGCCAAUACCGGUCUCGAGAAGUUCACUGUUACUCAUCAGCUGAAGGACAACAAGUGGACUUUUUUCAUCUUUAGACCUUCUCAUGGAGGAUGUAUUGUUGGCGGAACAAAGCAACCCCAUGACACAUUUCCGGGAGUGCGAGACAGCGAUACUGCGGAGUUGAAGGAGCGAGCAGCAAAAUUGUAUCCUCAGCUUAUGAAGACGAAUUCAAAGGGCGAGAAGUAUUUUGAUGUGGUCCGCGUCAAUGUUGGUUUCCGCCCUGCGAGAAAGGGAGGCAUGAACGUAUCUCGCGAGCGCCACGAUGGUGUGACCGUUGUGAACGGAUACGGAGCUGGUGGAUCUGGAUACGAAUUUUCCUAUGGUGUUGGCAAGAAAAUUGUUGAACUUUUGAGAAGUAGACCCAAGUUAUAG